UGUAAAUGAAGCAGAGUACAAAUGUCAGACAUAAUCAUUCUCACUUUUAGAUGACCGUCUUCUUCACUUGGAUCGUUGCUGUCGCCUGUUGGCUAGAAAACCCUUUAUUCACGAACCAAAUCUUCGGUCUCGAUAUUCAGGAUGAACAUGCCAGAUAUGCCAGUCAACGUCCCUGUCGACGACCCCAACGCUGAUACAGAAUGGAACGACAUCUUACGCAAGCACGGCAUAAUACCAGAAAAGCCAAAGGACCCAGAACCCAUGAUCCAGGAAGCACUCCUUGAGGCAGUUCAAAGAGCUCACGACAACCGCCUCGAAGACAAAGACCUAGACGAGCUCGCCGAACUGGAAGACGAAGAAGAUGAGGCUUUUCUAGAGCAGUACCGGAAGCGCCGUCUAGCCGAACUCUCCAGUCUCGAGAAGCAGAGCAUCUACGGCCAGGUCUACGGUCUGCAGAAGCCCGAUUAUGCGCGGGACGUCACGGACGAGAGUUCUAAAGCCUUCGUCCUAGUCAACUUGACUUCCUCGCUGGGCACGAAUGUCGAAUCCAGAAUCCUCACCGAACUGUGGAGACAGGCUGCAGUCAAAUUUGGAGAUGUCAAGUUCUGCCAGAUCAGGGCCGACUUAUGUAUCGAGGGAUACCCUGAACGAAACACGCCGACUAUCCUGGUGUACAAAGAUGGAGAUAUCAAAAGGCAAGUCGUGACUCUGGCUCAUUUGAACGGUCCACGGACCAGCAUGAGAGAUAUUGAACGGCUGCUUCUCGAAGUCGGCGCCAUCACAGAAAACGACGUCAGGCUGAAACGGAAAGACAGCGAUGAGGAAAUUGGCGGUGGCAACCAGCCUACCGUGGAGGAUGACGACGACGAUGAUUGGGAUUAGCGACCUUCUCAUCAGCCAUAGCCACUACUUGAGCAGCUUUGUGCGCAACGACCAUGACGCGAGAACAACUGGCUUCAAACCGGCAGGCAUCUGAGCGGGACUUGACCCUCACGCACAGCUCCGGGCCUCAUACCAGGACAGAACAAGGCCUGUGAAGCAGCAAGCCCGAUCAGGACUCGACCUGCUCAGUCGCCGCAUGAUCGUACGAGCUGGGCGGCCACGAGAACCCCAUCUUCCAAGUGAGGUUCUCGUCCGAUGAUGUCUCGGAAACCC